AUGGCUCGUUCUUCUAGUGUUGACUUGGACUCUCCGGAUCGUCCCUUUGACAAUAUAAUCAACUUUCGCGAUGUGGGAAGAACGAUAAAUCAAGUUUCUGGCGCGUCAAUUUUAAAAGAAGGCAUACUCUAUCGAAGUGCUAGGCCAGAUGACGCAUCAGAAAGAGAUAAGCGUCGACUAGCAGAUGAGUUUCACAUCGCUACGGUGCUGGAUUUACGAUCAACAACAGAACACAAAAUGGCGACGCGAAAACGUCGCGCGGAAAAUGAAAAUACGGGCACCGAGAUCGACCUGACGAAUACACCUUCCGGAAAUGCAGAUGAACAUCUAGUUCAGAUUCCCGCGCAACGAUGUUUGAUUAGUUUAGCGGGAAAAGCUAUGGAACGAACAUUGUUGUGGAGGCUUGAUUGGACGAAUUAUAUAAAAGCUAUCGCUAUGACAGCUACAGGCUAUCGAAACGACGCAAUCCGACUUGUAGCAGAGCAAGUGAUGCAACCACGCGGCUUGACAGGAUUAGCACAAGAUACGCUAGACGCAAGCAAAUCUGAACUCAGAUGCAUAUUCGAACUCCUAGCCGUGCAAGAAACAUAUCCCAUUUUGGUACACUGUACACAAGGCAAAGAUCGGACGGGGCUGGUUAUUCUCAUGAUGAUGUUAUUAGCUGGGGAUCAGGUUUCAAGAGCUGCUAUUAUCGAUGAUUAUACGCGCUCGGAACUUGAACUUGUUCCUGAGUUUGAGGAGCGAAUGCGUGAGAUUAGUGCUUUGGGAUUGAGUGAAGAUUAUACACGUUGUCCACCUGGAUUUGUGGAUGAUUUGAUUGAUUAUUUGGAUACGCAUUAUCGUGGCGUUUCGGGUUAUUUAGCGUGCAUUGGGAUUGACUUGAAUAUGCAGGAGAAAAUUCGCGAGAAGAUUAUGAGUACUUGA